ACAAGUAUUGUCUCUCUCUUUCUCCAGGCAGUGCUGACGUGAGGCUGGUGAAUGGAGCCAGUCCCUGUGAGGGGACAGUGGAGAUUCAGUAUAAAGGAGAGUGGGGGACAGUUUAUGACAGAGAAUGGGAUCUGGAAGAUGCUGCAGUGGUGUGCAGACAGCUGAGCUGUGGAUCUGCUAUUUCAGCACCAAUAGGAGCUCACUUUGGACCAGGGUCUGGAUCAGUCCUGCUGGGCUGGGUCGACUGCAGGGGAUCAGAGUCUGCGUUGAGAGAUUGUAGUAAAGAUGAAGUGAAACAGUACUACUAUGCUCAUGAGGACUCUGGAGUGAUCUGUACAGGUAGGUCUCAUCGAGGGGUCAGGCUUGUUGGAGGCAGUGAUCUCUGCUCUGGAAGAGUGGAACUGCAGCACGGAGAGACCUGGGGUUCAGUGUGUGACUCUGACUUUGAGAGGCAGGAUGCAGAAGUUGUCUGUCGACAGCUAGAUUGUGGGGCUUCUUCACAAGUCCUGAAAGGGAAUCUGUUCGGGAAGGGGGAAGCAAACUUCCAUUCCGAGGUGCUCCACUGCCAUGGCAAUGAAUCUCAGAUUUUCUUCUGUCCAAAGUCCACAAAAACACAGGGAUGCACCCAUGAGAACUUCGUGGGACUGAAGUGUUUUGGAUACACAGGGUUUAGACUGGUGAAUGGCUUGGACUCCUGCUCUGGCCGAGUGGAGUUACAGUGGCUCUUCAGGGACUGGGGGACAGUGUGUGAUCUCUACUGGGACCUGAGAGAUGCCAGUGUUCUCUGCCAGCAGCUGGGCUGUGGGGAGGCUGUAGCAGCACCAGGACAGGCCUGGUUUGGACAGGGCAGUGGACCAGUAAGGGCUGAUGUGUUUGAGUGCUGGGGCAAUGAGAGCCAUCUCUCACACUGCGUUGUGUCUUCAUGGGGGAGAGCAGGGUGCUCUCAUGGACAGGACGCAGGAGUCAUCUGCUCUGGUUUCCCGUCUUCAGCUGUUCCUUCUUCAGAAACACCAGAUCAGCUAUCCCUCAGGCUGGUUGGGGCAGGAAGCGACUGUGCUGGGAGGCUGGAGGUUUAUCACAAUGGCUCCUGGGGGACAGUCUGCGAUGACUCCUGGGACCUGGCAGACUCUCAGGUGGUGUGCAGGCAGCUCCAGUGUGGGACGGCCCUCAGUGCCACAGUGCCGGCCUCCUUCAGCCAGGGAACUGGACCCAUCUGGCUGGAUGAGGUGGGCUGUCUGGGAAACGAGUCGUCACUUGGGGAGUGUCCUUCAGCGUGGUGGGGACAGCAUGACUGUGGACACAAGGAGGAUGUGAGAAUCCUGUGCUCAGAUCACACUAUACUGAGGCUGUCUGCAGGCUGUUCAGGACAAGCAGAGGUUUACUACAAUGGCACCUGGGGCAGUGUGUGUCAGAAUGGCAUGACUGACUCCACAGCUGCAGUGAUCUGUAAACAGCUGGGCUGUGGAAACAAGGGCACCAUCAGAGAGACAAACUCCAGGCUGAGCCCAGACCCCAAAUGGCUGGACUUUGUCUCCUGUCGCAAACACGACUCCACCCUGUGGCAGUGUCCCUCCCCCGCCUGGGGUCAGAAUGAUUGUGAAGACCGGGAAGUGGCUGAGAUCACCUGCUCAGGUCCUAGAAAAGAAGCUGACAGAAGCACUCCAGCCCCUCAGGAAGAGCAGCCUCACCUGUACUGCCCAGUCCCACUGGCUCUGCGCCUGGCUGGAGGCACUAACUGCUCUGGGCGGGUGGAGCUGCAGUACGAGGGCUCCUGGGGGACAGUCUGUGACGACUCCUGGGACCUGCAGGAUGCCCAGGUGGUCUGCAGACAGCUGGGCUGUGGGGACGCAGUGAGUGCAGCAAUAGAGGCCUCAUUUGGACCAGGGAGUGGCACCAUCUGGCUGGACGAGGUGAACUGCACAGGCAGUGAACUUCACCUGUGGGACUGCUGUCACUCUGGACUGAAUCAGAGUGACUGUCGACACAAGGAGGAUGCAGGGGUUACCUGUACAGGUUUUUCAGAGAGAAGAGCCACUCCAACAACAGCUACAGGCAGCACCAGGACAACACCCCAGACACAGCCGCUGGGAGGUCUGUCCGUCUCACCCCUGGCCCUCCUGCUGAUGGGGGCUCUUCUCUUCGUGGUGCUGGCCCUGUUAGUGGGGCAGCUGAUCCAGAACAGGAAGCUAAGGAAAGCCCUAUCUGAAGGAGCACUUGCCCCCUAUCAUGAUGCCGUCUACGAGGAAAUAGAGUACAAACUGGCCAGAGAGGGAACCUACAGCGCCCCCAGGAGAGGGAGAUUCCUCUCUGACGAGCUGCCCUCUGGAUACGAUGAUGUGGAGGACAGUGAGGGAGACCCAGUGCCAGAAGAAUCGAUACCCUCUCUGAAAGAAGAGGCCCCAGAGUACUAUGACAAUGCUGUAACUGUACCUCAGAGCCCAGAUGCCUUGUCAGGAGAGCUGAUGUCCUCUGUGAAAGAAGAGGCUCCUGAGCAUUAUGAUGAUGUCAUCGCUGUGCCCCAGAGCCCAGACACAGUGUCAGAGAGACUCCUCUCUGAUGAGACACACUCUGAAUACAGUGAUGUGGGGGACAGUGAGGAAGAUCCCACUUUAGGUAAAGGGGGCUACAGCCAGGGGGCUCAGUGUGGGUGA